AUUGAAGAACGUCAUCACUGUUAGGUGCCUUCCCAGAAAUACAAAUGCCUCCUCCCACCCACCACAUGGAUUAUCUAUCCUUCUCACCAUCACGGCGUCAUCCAUGGAGGAUGGGAGUUUGGAGUACUGGCUUCGAUGGCAAGUACCUGUCUGUGCUCUCAUCUUCCUGCUUCCCACGCUGGUCUCUUUGAGAUUCAUCAUCACUAAAAACAACACACAUACCACUAAAACCCAUCAUCUAUGGAUUUCUUGCUGGAGGAACCUUCAUCCACGCUGGAUUCUUCUCUACAGGCUUUUCUCCUUCGUUUCCAUGGGUUACUUGCUAUAUCAAACAGUCCUCGCCUUCGGCCCCUUCGUCUUCUAUUUCUACACCCAAUGGACUUUUUGCUUGGUCAUGGUCUACUUUGUGCUUGGGACCAUAAUAUCUGCUCAUGGCUGCUGGAUGCACUUUAAAGAGCCUCCCCUUCCAAAUCAAAAUCAAGAGAGAGACAAGUUUCUGAAAAAGGAUUCUAGCUCUUUUAAAGAUAACGAGGCUUCCAAUUCCAUCAAUCUGCAGUUUAAUCAAGAAGCUGGGUUUUGGGGAAAUCUCAUGCAGAAUGUUUAUCAGACUUGUGCAGGUGCUGUUGUGCUUACUGACCUUGUAUUUUGGUGCCUAUUACUCCCGUUUCAGUCUGGCGAUGGCUUCAAGCUUACCUUGUUGAUUGGUUGCAUGCACUCCCUGAAUGCUGUUUUUCUCCUCCUUGAUUCUGCUCUCAACAGCCUACAAUUUACGUGGCACGGGUUAACAUACUUUGUCUUGUGGAGCUCAGCUUAUAUAAUUUUCCAGUGGGUCAUGCAUGCCUGUUGCUUUACAUGGUGGCCUUAUCCCUUCCUGGAAAUUGCUACUCCAUGGGCUCCUAUGUGGUACUUUGGCAUUGCUUUAGUUCACCUUCCAUGUUACGGACUAUAUGUUUGGCUUGUGAAAGUGAAAGCAUCCAUGCUGUCAAAAAUGUUUCCAGGAGCAUUUAUAAGGGUUGUGGUAGCAAAUGAGAAGCAGAUGUAAGCUGCUGGCACAUGACAUCAAACAUGCGUGUAAUUGAAUGUUGUUAACUGCUUUCCUUGUAUCAUUAAAAUAAUAAAACGUGCGGAUUGCUAUUAAGAAGGUAAAAAGAGUAAUCCAUAGAAGGAUUUCGGUGCGCAUUUCAAUAUAAA